CCCCGACGGUGGAGGCGGAUCACUGCCUCAAACCCCCGGACGGAUCGCCGAUUAGCUCGCCAGCCCAGCCGAGUAAGAGAGCGAAGGCAAGCACCAAUGGGGACUUUUCUGGCCAAGGAGAAAUGGAUUAUGCGAUUGUCACAGCGAGAGCAGUCUUCGAAGACCCAGGAAACUCGGCAACGCUUCCAGCUGCCAGUGACGCGACCCAAACAGAUUACCAGAAGGAGGGGAUGCACGCGACGGCGACUGAGCAGGGGAGAACCUCGUAUAAGGAUUCUUUCCUGGGGAACAAGCCCCUCCCCUCGAUCCCCAACGGUGAGGAUCUGAUGUCCGAUGAAUCAGAAGGUGAGGAUGGGGAGGAUGACCCAGAUUGCCCUACGAUCCGUAUCAAGAAGAGCACCAAUGCUCGAGUUCAGCAACGUUGGUGCAGGGCGAUCACAUUCCGGGUGCUGGGCAAGGUCUUCUCCUUCGCUUUCAUCCAGCGGAGAGCUCAGAGUAUGUGGGCGAAAACCGGCGGAGUCAAGGUGGGUGAUAUUGGCAAUGGUUACUACCAAGCCAUUUUCGACUCCCAGAUUGACUACAGUAGAGCACUCUAUGGUGGGCCUUGGACGGUUGAUGAUCACUACAUAGCAUCGGAGCCGUGGCGUCUUGAUUUUGACCCCGAUUUCGAUGAGAUUAAUCGAGCAGCUGUUUGGGUACGUUUACCUCGCCUCCCUCUUGCGUACUUUGACGAGGAAAUUCUGUUGGAUAUUGGCAAUAAACUUGGCAGGGUAGAGAAAAUUGACUACAACACAUCCAAUGGGUUCAGAGGAAACUAUGCACGUCUCUGUAUUGAAAUUGAUCUUACGAAGAGAUUGGUGUCCAAGUAUCGGUUGAAGAGAAGGGUGCGUCGAGUGGAGUAUGAGGGACUCCAUACUGUGUGCUUCUCCUGUGGGCAUUACGGACAUCUUGAGGACUCCUGUAAGCUGAAAGCAAACGAGUCGCAGGCCGAGAGCGGGGUGAAAGCACCCAGUAGUCAAGGCAGGACUCAUGACGUUAGACCUGAAAUCAUGGAGGACUUUGGGCCUUGGAUGCUUGCGUCCAGACCUAAAAGAAGAAAACAACAACAGAAACCCAAGAAAGCUGAAGCAGAAUCUGUAUUCAAGGAAAAAGCUGGAGGUGGUAAGCAUUCGGGAUCGAGGUUUGAUGCACUGUCUGAUGAAGAAGGUUUGAAUGACCAGGAUAAUCCCAGGCCGAGUGAGAACGACAAGAAUAUGGGGAUGGAAGAAUCUACCCAUGAUAAUACCGUCCUAGAAAGCUGCAGUAUGGAGAAAGUAGCCAAGACGGAUCAAAUGAACAGGUCUCAAGGGAAGGACGUGGAGACUCCUACUCCAUCUUUGAAGGAUGGUCAUGUUGGCAAAGCAAGAGAGGAAAAUCAGGGCAAGAAAACACAAAAUGGAAACAACCUUAAGAAAGAGAAUCAAAAAAGCUCCCCCCUUAUUCCGAUUUCGAAAAAGAAGGAUGGUCUUUCCUCCCACAAGAACUUGCAGGAACCUAACUCAAAGUCUCUUGUGGGAUGGGAUCAGGAGAACAAGGCUGUGGUCCCGGGUCACCCUAAGCCAAAAGGAAACCUCUCACCCACAUCCAUCCUGAAGUAUGGCCAGCAAGGGAAGGAACGAGGAGAGACUAAGGAACAUGGUGCCAGCACAGGCCACCAACCUAAGAUGAAGACUGAGAUCAACUGUAAGCUUGUGAAAGCUCCAGAUAAGCCACAUCCUGUUACUGAGUCAGGAAGAAGUGCCCAGAAAAAAAGCGUGGCCAGUCCGAAGAAAGAUGUGGCUUGUGCCAAGCUUGAAAAUGUGAAGGAUCUAUGCACUAAGACUGGUUGCAGUGAUCCGGGAGAGAAUGCGACAGCCAUGGCUGUUGAUGACUGCUGAUCUCCACUGAGAUUAGAGUGGGAGAGCUACUUUCUUCAUUUCCCAAUGAUUAAAGUCCUCGCAUGGAA